CUUACCAAAUCACAUACCAAAAAAUGGAAAAUUAACUUUAUUGCAAAACCAAAACCCUCUAUAUAUAUAGGACUAGUAGAAUCACUCAUAGAACACACAAACAAUAAUCUUGAAUUGCCAACUAGAAAGAAGAACAAAAAGAAUAAGAAGAUGAUGCAUGCCUACGAAACAGAAGCGUUACCGUGCGCUGGAGGUUGUGGACUUUUCGGGACACGACAGAACAAUAAUCUCUGCUCCCUCUGCUACAAAAAGAGUGUUCUCGAACAAUUGGCCGCUCUCAAACUUGAGCCCAAGCCCGAGCCGUCGACAGUAGUUCCUACGACGAGUCCGAUAAUAGCUGCCGUAGAAGAACCGGUUAGAAAACAGAGGUGUGAAACGUGUCAUAGGAAAGUAGGGGUGACUGGAUUUAGCUGCAAAUGUGGACACAUCUUUUGUGGGUCACAUCGAUAUCCCGAGGAACAUUCUUGUUCUUUCGACUACAAACUGUCUGGACGCCUCGCAUUGGAGAAACAGUUGCCUUUGAUUAGAGCCGAGAAGUUCGUUAGGUUUCAGUCUUAGGUUUUUUUGAAUAAAAUUUUGAUGUCCUUUAAAUCUUCUUAUUAUCAAUAAUAAUACACUUGCUUUUUUCACGA